CUUUCGAUCUUUGCUUUGGUUCAUACGCACUGUGAGCGUUAACGAUGGCUGACGGUGCUCAGACUUUAGACUCGCUAUUGGCCACCUUGGUGGGCAUGGGAUUUGAAUUGGAUCGUUGCCAAGCAGCAGUGAAUCAGGGGAAACUUACUGUAAAUGAUGCUGUGGAAUGGUUACUACAAGGUCACAGUGCUGAUGAAGAUAAGAUACCAACACGAUCGGCUCCUACGUUAAGUCUCAAUCAACCAUCUCAGGCUCAACCAACUUCUCAAUCCACCGAUGCUAGCUACCUCCCCUUCAGCUUACCACCUGUCUCCACCCCAUCAAGCUCUUCAGGAGACUCACAGGGCCCCUUGCCUUCCUCCGUCUCACCAGUGUCAGAUGAGAGUAAGUUCAAACAACAAGAUGUUGUAAGUCGGUUCUCCCUGUCAGAGAAGAAGAGGCAAGACAAGGAGAGAUGGGAGAAAGAACAAAGGGAGAAGGCUGCCGUGGAGGCUCGGCAGGCCAGACUACAAGCCAAACAGGCAAAGAAUUAUGUCCUAAAGAACAUCAAGGCCGAUAAGGAAGCAAGACAUCAGCUGGGCAAGCUGCCAAGUAGUCCCAGAAGCACCCAUCAGGGGGAGAUACCAAUGGCCACGCUCCCCUCUCCCCAGCCAGCUAGUUCUGCCUCUUCACCACCAGGGGAUGCAUCUCCAGUGGUGACAAUUUCACCAGAGGCUAAACCAAUACCCAGUGCCCCAGCCAUGUGUAUGCUUCAGCUCAGAUUACCAUCGGGACAGAGCAUCCGAGAAAAGUUCUCAUCCGCAUCAAGUCUUCAGUGUAUUGUGGAUUUCAUCAAGAGCAAACACACAGAUCUGAUUCACAUAAAUCUGAUGCAGCCUUUCCCUCAUCGGUUGUUCACCUCCAGUGACUUGGGCUUGACAUUGGAAGAACUCCAACUCACGCCAAAUGGCAAUCUGGUUGUCAAGAUAGCAACAUCUGAUCCAACAACAAAAUCUGCUCAAGCCUCAAGUCAGCCUGCAGUAUCACCUGACCCACAAGACCGACCUCAGCCCCCAGAUGAGGACCGACUUCUCUCCUCCCUGGCACGUGUCCUCCCUCAUCAUCCCCCACUGCAUCAACCUCCCAUAGUCCGCCAUGACUGGGGGCGUGGCCAUGCCCUCAGCCCCAGUGAUGACAGCGCAGCCAGUAAGGAACUGGAGGAGGAGGAGCCAAUGGAGGUGGGCGGAGCUAGAGUGGACUUUGAUGAUGUGGGCGAGAUGGAUGAGGCAGGCAUCGAAGAUGCGGAGGAAGAUAUGCUAUGGCAUGCCAAUGAUGCACAACCAAUGGGAGGGAGGGAACCUCAUAUCUGGGGAGAUGGCAAUCGUCUAGUGGAUGGCAGACGACCUAUGAACUUUGACUAUGGGUUUGGGCAACGUGACGAGCAGCAUGAUGCUGAGGAAGUACCAAGUCCACAGAGGGCAGCUGCUGCAGCACUCUCCCGUCUGGCAGCUGCAGCCAUAUCUCAAACUCAGCCCUCAACUAUCGCCAUCGAUAAACCCAUCACAGCCCUGCAAGACCUGUGCCUUCGCUGUGUUAGUAAACGGAUUGAGGCUCACACACGCCAACCAAUCACAACACUAGAGGCUCUGCCCCCACACCUAGCUGGUCGACUGGUGGAAGAACUGAAGAAGUCUGGUGCUUUGAGAUCAAAGACACUCAAUUUAUUCUUGCCCUGUCACCUGCAAAGCUUGAUGUUAGAUUGCUACAAAUACACAACCAACGAGUUACUGCAAGCUGCCAGGUUCCAUGUUCACAUCAGUAGGCUGAGUCUAAGUGCUUGCCCACUGCUCACUGAUCAGGCCUUUGUCUCUGUCAGUGGUCUGAAGAAGCUGCGAUAUCUGAAUGUGAGUAAAAACAAACAGCUUACUGACGGCAUUCUUCACUCAAUCAAAGAUUUGUCCAACUUGGUGACGUUAGUCUUAGAAGACACGUCAGUAACUGAUGAAGGCAUCAAAGUGCUAGCCUCUUCAGCUUUGAGCCAACUGACCCAUCUUAACCUCAACCGAACUAAUGUGUCUGACACAAUGCUUCCAUUCCUAGCAGUCUUCCUAAAUUUAAGAAGCUUAGGUGUUGAGCAAGCUAAGAUAUCUCAGCUGGAAGGUAUUGAUGGCUUAGUCAGUCUGCAUUCUCUCAACAUAGCCAGGAAUUCCGUCGUGCCUCAGGCACUAGACCGAUUAACACGACUGCCUGAACUCACAGCACUCAAUGUGAUGCUGUUAGAAGGCAUGGAGGGAGAUGCUGUACUGCACCACCUGCAAGGUUUGGAACUGAAGCAGUUACAAAUGCCGGAUAGACACACAACCACAGAUGUUGGCCUGUGCUGCAUUGCAGGUAUGCCUCUGGUUGCAUUGGAUCUAACUGAUUACAUCCACAUCACAGACCAAGGUAUUCAUCACAUUGCUGAUAUGACAAGUCUCACCAAGUUGUCUCUCAGUAACACAAAGAUAACAGACAUGGCUCUGGAAUACAUCAAAGGUUUGGUUGAGUUGAAAGAGUUCCACUUAGACCGUACAGCUAUUACUGACUAUGGAGCUAUGUUCAUUGGCAACUUUAGUAAACUGGAGGUUCUUAGCAUGGCAGCUACACGGAUAAAGAAUAGGUUUCUCUGUUCCAAGACUCUGAAUAAAUGUCAGUUUCUCACGCGGCUGAACCUGAGCAGAACUGACGUGUCAAAUAAAGGCAUCGAGGCCUUACAGUUGCCACGGCUGACCCUCCUGAAUCUAGACUCGACCUGUGUCACAAUGGAAGGUGCCAAUGGCAUGCAUGGCUGCCCUAAUCUCAAGGUGGUUCGUACCAAUAACCUCAGAGUUUACAGGGGUGAAGAAAAUGAUGACUGAAAAUAUCUUGCUUUUUAAACCAAUCAGUUGGUGAAGAAAGGUUACAGAUCAAGAGAAAAUAGGAAUCUCGCUGGGUUUUUUUUUAAUCACACGGAUGUAUGCUAACAGAAGUUUUAAACCUUACUUGAAAAGUCUUUUAAGGUAUUUAGCAUUUAUCUUCAAAUUUGAAUUUUUUUCCAGCUUUUGAAAAUGACAAUGAAAAUAAUCAAAUGCUCAUCUGCAAUUUUAAGUAGCUGCAAAUAAAAGUUUUUUUUAAUUUUAAAAAAGAUACAGGAAAAGUUAUUCCAGCUAUCCACUUUGAGUGGAAGCACCCCCUCAUUGGUUGAAAAGAGCUAUAUUGGUCAGAAGUGUUCAUUUUGGUUGUAGCAAAGCAACCUCAA